AUGUCGUUGUCACAGCGCCUCACGGCGGUCGAGGAGAUUGAGCCAUGGAGCAGAGAAGCAAGCCCGGAUUCGCGGCAUCGCAAGAUGUCCUUCAACCCUGUUGGUACAUGGACCGAAGCAGCGGGUGAAGAGCCGACAGUGGGCGCCUUCGAGGUUGGCCUCGCCGUCGUCUACUGCCUCUUCGCAGCUGGGGUUGUCUUCGGAUACGCCGCGAUAAAGCCCGUCCUUAUUGGAGAGGGUGUGUACAGGAAUCUAUGUACGAAGCAGGAACUCAGGGAUGAUGUGGAUGUAUGCUAUGAGCAGGAGCUACGGACUGCUAGACACAACGCUGACCUUAUCAACAGGCUGAACCUCAUGUUCACCACCGCUGCCGUAUCCACCAACGUUGUCGCGCUCCCCGUCGGUACCAUUCUCGAUCGCUACGGUCCAAGAGUGUGUGGUAUCAUUGGUGCUAUAUCAAUCUCCAUUGGUUCGCUUCUGUUUGCAUUUGCAUCAGAAUUGCCCGUGGAUGCAUACAUUCCUGGAUAUCUAUUCCUGGCACUGGGUGGUCCAUUUAUAUUCAUAUCGAGCUUUCAGCUCAGCAACACAUUCCCGCAAUACUCCGGACUUAUCUUGGCUCUCUUAACCGGGGCUUUUGAUACGUCGAGCGCCAUCUUCUUGAUCUACCGCUUGAUCUACCAAGGCACCGAUGGCGACUUUGCGCUCAAGAAGUUCUUCUUGGUGUACUUGAUUGUUCCGGCUUUCAUUCUGGGCGUCCAGAUAUUCUUUAUGCCGGCUGUCUCGUAUAAGACUGUUGGAGAGCUGGUCACCCAAGCAGAAGAGGAACAGGUCAACCACGACUCUGACGAUGAGAUAGAAGAUCAGGCGCGCGUCCAACGCCUCAGAGACGCCCGCCGCAUCCACCGCGACAGCAUCGUCAGCGAGAUCACUGAUCUCCUCGGCACUCGGGACGGCCAACAGCAAGCUAAAGAGGAAGAGAAGAAGAAAGCCAAAUCUGGAGUAUGGGGCGCCCUCCACGGUCGCACUGCCGUGCAGCAAAUGAAGACGCCAUGGUUCAUACUCAUCAUGCUUUUCACCGUCCUCCAAAUGACCCGCAUCAACUACUUCGUCGCCACCAUCCGCUCGCAGUACACAUAUCUCUUCCACAGCGUCGAAAAAGCUAUCGAAAUCAACAACUUCUUCGACGUCGCGUUGCCCGUCGGCGGCGUCAUAUCCGUCCCCUUCAUCGGGCUCCUACUCGACAACACCAGCACAACCUUUACGCUCUCGCUGCUCGUCACCAUCGCAACGACCAUUGGAGUCCUAGGCGUCAUUCCAGAAACAUGGGCCGCGUACACCGGCAUAAUCCUCUUCGUCCUCUACCGCCCCUUGUACUACACCGCCGUAUCCGACUACUCCGCCAAAGUCUUCGGCUUCGCAACCUUCGGCAAAGUCUACGGGCUCAUCAUCUGUCUCGCGGGCCUGCUGAACUUCAGCCAGACCGCCCUCGACGCCGCAACGCACAAGACAUUCCACAACAACCCGAUCCCAGUCAACAUGCUACUCUUGGGUCUGGCGCUGCUGGUGGGCAUCGCGCUGGUGGCGUUUGUGUGGAGAAGAAGCCAUAGAAUCAUGCGCGAGAAUAUCGAAGAUGAGGCCGAGGAGGCCAGGGAGGUGCUGAUGCCGCAGACGGGCGUGGCGGAUUAUGGCGCGUUGAGCCCGACGCAGGAGAAUCGCGGGAGGAGGAUGUGA